AUGAGAGAUGUUGACACAUUGUUGCUGGAUUUCAUUUGUGCAGGUCCUGUUCGGACGCGCUCCUUACACGCUGUGUUUUCCGAUGCGGUAGGAAGUCAGCCGCGUCACGAGGAGAAUCGGCCGCUCAACACCAGUGGUCAUGCUCCACAAAUCCCGGCCUCACGUGGUGAUACGACUUCCGCUCACGUCAAUGGCGUGACAACGCCCUCUGCUCACCAUUCUCUGCGUUCCGGAAGUCAGGGCCGGUCGGGUGGGCGGCGAGCAGGUCAGGCGGCCCGCCAGAGUUCCGCCAAUGCCGCAGGGCACACGUCUGCUGCCGCUGGCGCAGGCCAGCAGUUCCGCCCAGCUGCACGGAGCAACACCGCCGCUGCUACAUCUGGCGGGCUGCUUGGCGAGACUGCUGGGCUGACGUCUUCUGCUGCUGGCGCCGGCCAGCAGUUCCGCCCAGCUGCAGGGAGCAACACCGCCGCUGCUGCAUCUGGCGGGCUGCUUGGCGAGACUGCUGGGCUGACGUCUUCUGCUGCUGGCGCCGGCCAGCAGUUCCGCCCAGCUGCAGGGAGCGACACCGCCGCUGCUGUAUCUGGCGGGCUGCUUGGUGAGACUGCUGGGCUGACGUCUUCUGCUGCUGGCGCCGGCCAGCAGUUCUGCCCAGCUGCAGGGAGCAACACCGCCGCUGCUGCAUCUGGCGGGCUGCUUGGUGAGACUGCUGGGCUGACGUCUUCUGCUGCUGGCGCCGGCCAGCAGUUCCGCCCAGCUGCUGGGACGGCCUCGGCCUACACUGCACCUGGCGGUCAGCUGCGCCAGGCUGCUGGGAGCAGCUCUCCUGACCUUGCAUCUGGCGGUUUGUUCCGCCAGCCUGCGGGUCUGACCUCCGGCGACCCUGGACCUGGUGGUCCGUUGGGGCAAGCCGCAUUGAACAGCUCUCCUGACCCUGCACCAGGCAGUCCGUUUAUCCAGGCCGCUGGGAGGAGCUCUCCUGACCCUGCAUCCGGCCGUCGGUUGGGGCACGAGGAUGAGAGGAGCUCCGCUGACCCUUCAGCUGGCGGCCAACUGGGACAAGUGGCUGGGUGGAGCUCCGCCAACACUUCUACUGGCGCUGUUUUGGUCCAGGCCGCUGGAAGACCUUCAGCCGACCAUGCUCCUGGCGAGAUGCGCACGAUGGCCGCUGGGCACACUUCCACUGAGACCCAUGAUGGCAGCAUGUUCCCGCCGUCAUGCGAACCGGCUCCGGACGCCCAUUUCUGCCCGUCUGCUGGCAUGACCUCCGCUGACCCUGCUGUUGAUGGCGUGUUAGGCCAGGCUGCUUGGAGGACCGACGCCAAUCCUGCUGCUGGGGUGCUGCUAAGGCCAACCGCGAGGCGCAUCCCCGAUGACAGCAACACUGACGGCGUGUUCUCCCCGCCUGGAGGCGCUGAGCUUGGCGGCCACGUUGGCGAGGCCAAUGGGAGGACCUGGACCAACUCUGCAGCGGGCGAGCCGCUCGUCCCGAACGCUGGUGGCACCGAGGCCGGUGAUGCUGUGGGCGUUCAGACACGAGAUGCGUAUGGGCGGGCCACUACACACGCUGCUGCUCAUGAACUGCACGGGCAUGUGGCAGAACCAACCUCUGAUGUUGAAGAGACACGUGCCGCACAUCGUGCGCUCCAGCGUGAGAACCAGCGGCUGUUAAAUGAGCUUGAAGAGCUUAGGCGUUCGCUUUCUCGGUCAACGUCACCUGCUGAGACCUCUGGUGGUGCGGGCGAGCAGCAGGAACCGUCUCCAAACUCUGGGAAUGUCGCAGCUAAUGUGCAGCCAGGAAGGCAUCCCAUCGCACCGAUCAACGAUCGGCUGCUUGGAAGGGCUGUUGGGAACGCUCACGCCCGGGGAACCGAGCAUAGCCUGCAGCACUUGACCCCGGAGCAGGAGGUCCUCGCAUUCGACCUUGCUGCAGCGAUGAGGCGAGUCCCCGAGGUGGCAAUGUUGGAUGCGCUCACCGUUCUUUUCUGGGAUAUGCCAGAUGGUAGGAUGGACUUCUAG